AUGCGCCUUCGCAGCCACAUCUGGGCAUGUGCGGCAAUGUCGCUGUGCUACUGGCAAGGUAAGGAGCGCACCAGCGCUGGGCGUCAUGGGGUGCCUGUCAACCGUCAGGCCAGGGGCGCCGGUGCUUUUGCAAAGCGACGCCGUCAGGCCAACCUGCGCCAGAAUCGGAGCUUCGACAUCGAUCAGUGGGAAGUGAACCAGGGGAUUGAUCUGGCCGAAGAGUAUCUCCAACCAACUGAGGACUUGCCCCAGGCUCUUUGGCAACUCGUUUGGCGCUGUGACGAGGAGAGGAGGAACUUCUUUUUCGAAGGCACAGGCGAAGGCUUUGGAACUUCGAGACGGACUAUCUGCAGUGCCAUUGAGGAGAAGUUGGCCCAGUGUGACCUGCGGCCAAGGCGUGUGUUUCUGAGUGGUUCCACGAAGCGUGGGACCAGCGCACACUUGGAAGAUGACAUGACGAACAUCCGCACCUGCACUGACUUCGAUGUUGUUGUUGGUUUCGAGCCACGGCUCUUUCAUCAGCUGCUCCAGAAGGAUUUCGAGCCAAUGAGGCGGUGCUUGAUGUCCGAAGUGAGUGGCCAGAAGUAUGGCAUGCCGAUGAACACUUCUCGCUCCCGGUAUGGCUUUGAACUUCAUGUGGGCCUGGGUCCGGUAGAUGUGGUUCCAGCAGAAAUCUGCGACGGCCAGCCGGGGCACCGGCUUUGGGACGAGCAUGAGCAAGCGAUGUUGCGCAACAACCCCCAAGCGAUUGAAGAGAAGCUGGAGAGCAAGCAGAAGGAGUCCAAUCUGGAGUGGAGGGCUGUUGUGUUGCUUUGCAAGCUAUGGAAUCGGCAUGCGAAGGAAAUGCAGAGCACCGCCCGCCGUGACAAGUUGCCCUUUGGCUUCGUCUCCAAGAAUUCAAGCCUGAAGCGGAGCUUCGAGUCGAGCUGGCAAAGGUGUUGUGAAAGUUCGGAGGCCGCCAUGCUUAGAAAGUCCAAGUUGGGCUUCAGCAGCUUACACAUUGAAAUGCUUCUGCUGUCCUUGCCGGUGCCGCAGAAGGAUCAGCGCAAUGUAGCAGAAGUCUUUCGCGGCGCUCUGUUCUUCAUGGCCGCCAACUGCCAAAGCAACACUUGUGCAGAAGCGUCCUGGACCGGCCGUCCUGUACAACAUCAGGUGGAUGAUGGGUGCGCCCGAUGCAUCCGAGAAUUCGCCGCGCUCAGCCUGCAAGCACUGGAGGAUGCCAUGGUUUAG